AGCACUGUGGGUAAUUUCAAAGAUGGCAGCGCCCAUGUAAAAAUAUUGCGUCUGCCUGACAAAAACGGUGUUUUCUACACGGGCAGAGUGUUUUAAGGGACCCAGGCAGUAAACAUGGCUAGUAGGGUACAACAGCAUUGGCUGACCUUCUCCAGAAUGUGGUUACUGUGUGAUGCCAGAUGGCAGCCGGCACCAGAACUGGCCAAGAGGAUCUGUAAAUAUCUGGAGGGUCGGCACAAACCCGUCUACCAUCCACUCUCUGAUUGUGGGGACCAUGUAGUUGUGAUCAAUACCAAGGAAGUUGCUUUUGAAAAGAACCAGUGGGAGAAGAAACUUUAUGCUGUCAACACAGGGUAUAAGAACACAAUGAUAGCAAUGUCAGCAAAAGACUUCCACAGAAUGGACCCAACUAAGGUGCUUGAAAGGGAAGUGUACAGUGAACUACCAAAGAACGGACAGAGAAAAUCACUGAUGACUAGAUUACAUCUGUUUGCCGAUGAGAACAUACCUGACAACAUUAAGGAAAACUUAGUUGACAUCAUCCCACCAGUCAUGGAGCCUCCCAAGAGACUGGAUGAGUUCACAGAGGAAGAAAAGGCUUCCUGGCCAAGACUCUUUAUACCACCUGCAGACUACAAGCCAUCAGACUGAAGGAAAUGACAGGAAAGACCCCUGCUUUUAGAAUUCAUUGCAUCCGAGCAAGGACAUAUAUGUAUAGAAAAUAUACCUAAUUUUUUUUCAAGAAGUUUUUGUUACUAGUACCUCAAAGUUCCAAUUUAACAUCAUGAUUAUCGUUCUAAUCUUUGCUAUUACCUGUAAAGUGUAUAUACUUAGUAGUUUUUGCAAAGUAACACAGACUGUAAGCUGGGAGAUGUGGACAUAAUGGUACGAAUGUUACCAUGACAGUCAGAGUUAAGUUCCAGGGAUCACUAGCUCCUGGAGCAGUAGUU